GGUUAUUUUGCAUACACUUUCACAAACAAUUGAUGAAAACACUUGUAGGAAACAUUUGUUACUUCUCAAUAGUAAAGAGGUAUGAAAGUAAAAUAUUUUCAGAGAAAUGUUUGUUAAUUUGUAUCAAACAAUUACGUAUUGAAUAAAUUGAAAAUUUUGAAAAUUGCUUACUAAAUGAUGAUUAUUAAAUGAAUUUAACUUCAAGUGUGUUUUCGAAUAUAAUUGUGAAAUUCUAUUUUAUUCACUUAUGAAACAUUAUACACGGAAGAGUUCAACUAGAAAUGGAAUUAUAUAUAGUAAUUCAUUUUUUUGUUUCAGAUGGUUCCUAAUUAGCUCUCAUAUCUCCCUUCCUGCCUUCUCUCUGGCUUUCAUUUUCUUUCCUCCCUCGAAUUUCCUCUUCCUCUAUUCAUAGCCACCAUGUUUUUUGUCGUGACUCUUGUUUCCUUCUUCAUUCUUUUCACCAUUUCAAUCUUCCAAUUUGCCACAGCAGUGCUUAUAAAAUAACAUCCUUGUGGCUUCUCAUCACUUUACCUGUUUCGUUCUUUUCAGUAUAUUUUGUUUUAACCGGAGUGUCUCGUAUGUCACACAUAUGCACAUUUGCGAGUCUCUGUUUUCUCGACCAAUUCUCUCUGAAAUGGAUCUGGUCAUUCCUGGGAGUGGAUCAAUGGUUGCGGAUGUGUAUAAGGAUUGUUCAGUUUGCGACAAUUUCUUCAAGACGCAAGAGUUUGUAUAUGAGAACAGAUUUACUACUAGUACUAUUUUAAUAAGAUGUGAAAACUACCGGACGCAGUUUAUUUAUGAAAUUUAGAUUGACGAUCAUAAAGACCAAAAGGCUUGAAAUCACAUAAAUAAGUUGGGAUAUAUAUUGUUUCAUAUAAUUUAUGAUGGACUCAAGCUUGUACUCAUUAAUUUAUGUUCUUUCUUUUAACAUCUGUAAAUUAAUUGGGCUACCAAGAACCAGUUGUAUCCUAGUCUUUGUUAAAUUGAUUCUCUUUUCUCUUUUCCUUAAGAGCUUUACGCUCUUUGUUGGAGAUGAAGGUUGCCAUUCUCUGAAAAAUUUUGUAUUUUUCUUUUCAUUUAUGAACUAAAGAAAUUCUUUCUUUUAGAUGUUUAUGAAUGAAGAAAUUGAUAAUAGUAUUGUAACAUUAUCAAAGUAAAAUAAAAGCACUACAAUUUGACCAAAUGAAGACAAAUGAAAAAAAAUAUUGGGAAGAUAGGGACAACGCCCGAAGUGUGAAGAUACAUAAGAUAAAACCACUCUUAUAUAAUGAAAAUGAAUAGAUCUU